AUGAACUUCCACAAGCCAGGCCCAAGUCGGGCCAUGCCUCGGCUUCUCGGGCUUCUCGGCCGGCUGUGGCUGCUGCCGCCGCUGCUGCUGCUGUUCAUAGCGACGCAGGCCCCUGGGCUCCCUAGUGCCGGCAACUCCAGCAACAACUGCUGCAAGCAAUUCAGAUACGGGGAGGUCGUGUGCCUGAAGAAACACUUCAAAGACCAGAACUUCCCGGAGAUGUGUCACCCGUGCAGAAGCUGUGGAAGUAAUACCGAAAUACGCCCCUGCACCAACAUAAGUGACACAGUCUGUGCUGGAGACGGCGGCUCAGGGACCGAGGUUGGAGCCGCGGGCAGUGAUGCCGUCACCAGGAUCUCAGGCAGGACGGGCCCCACCUGGGAUGCCGCCCUGACGGAUUCUCCGGAACAAACCAGAAACACCAACACAACUCCCACAGAAGGCUCAGAAAGCGGAGGCUGGGGCUCUCAUCUGUACCUGCACAUCCCGUUCCCUUUGUCCUUCAUCCUGGUGCUCUUAGCCAACCUAGCCAUAGUGAACCUGGUGCUGGAUUUUCAGUCAUGGGAGCAUGCCUACCUUUUUUCACAAAGCCAACCUAGCCAUAGUGAACCUGGCGCUGGAUUCAGGAUAGGGACUGAGUGGACGCCCUCUGCGCUUGUGUCUCUGGAGGCAUUUUCUGGACCGGGGAAACCCACACGCAGCCCCCCAGAAACACCCAGGACCCUGCGACGUGCCCUACCCUGGAUCCCGAGGAGGUGAUCAUCCUCAGUGCCCACCCACCCGCUGACCAACCUGAC